AUUUGAACAACACCGAGAGGCGGACGACAGAGGGACGGAGAGACACGCUGAGAGAGAGAGAGGGAGGCAGCAACGGCAGGGGAGACGAAAGUGGAGAAGCCACAGAGGUCUUCUAUCACACAAUACACUUACUCUCGGUUUGUUUGUGCCUGUAACGGCUGCGACUGGUUGUGUUUGACGGCUUCGAAGCAGCGAGAGCUUUAUUUUUUCACCCCCUCUGGAAAACGCGGACAAGGUGGAAAUGAAUAAAGGCGAACCUUCUCUGACGACAGCCACACAAGUGGAGGAAACGGAGGCGCGGGAUUAAAGGAAGACGUAUCCUGGUCAUUGUUCGCCGCUGCUGGAAGGGGAUUCCUCUCUGUUUUUUAUUUUUUUUGAACUACUCGAAAGUUUGGAAGGCCGUCAUCUGUUUGCAUUGCAGGUACACAGACAGGUCCAUGCUGAAUGAUUUCCGAAGCAGACUGUCUUUUUGAGUCUUCGGCCUUGAGAGCUCACAUCUAACAAGCUCCAGCUACAGAAAGGUCCAAAUGUGUCCAUGAGACUCUCUCAUCACUUCAAUCAGCGGGUAUUAUGUUAACCCUAAUUUAAACCCAUUUGUACCCCAUCCCCACCUCCUCUCCCUGUGCCCUCUCCCAUCUCCAUCAUGACCAGUCUGAAGCGUUCUCAGACAGAGCGCUCAGUCGGGGGCACAGUGCCCGCAUCUGACGAGUUCUACACUCGCCGCCUGAGACUUCCCAAUGGAGGAGCGCCCCCUCCCCGUAGCGAGAGCGCCCACAUUUCCUCUUCCUCCACCACUGGCACCAACCCUGGCGUGCCCAAGAUGGGUGUGAGGGCUCGCGUGGCUGACUGGCCACCCAGGAAGGAUGGGGGUGGAGGAGGUGUUUGGCAUAUUACUGUGGAAACAGACUCACCCAGCUCCACCAACACCACCAGCUCUUCUGGGUCUGGAUCUGGAUCUGGAAGCGGAGAUAGAGAAAGACUAAGUGGAGGUGGAGGAGGAAGUGGAAGUGGUGGUGGUGGUGGUGGUGGUGGUGGUGGUAGCAGUGGAGGUGGAGGUGGAGGUGGAGGUGUGUCAGCUGUCUCGGCCCACAGCAAUCUGUCAGCUAAGUUGGGCCACCUAAUAAGCCCACAGGACUCAUCCAUGCUGCGCAACAUCCAGAACACACUAAAGAACAAGAUGCAUAGCAAAGGAAAGGACAAUCGCUUCCUUUCACCAGAUGGCUAUCUGGGCUCACCUCGCAAAGGCAUGAGACGAAUCCGCCAACGCAGUAACAGUGAUAUAACUAUUAGUGAGCUGGAUGGGGACGGCAACGAGGGCUGGUCUUUCUCAGGAUGGACGCCCAUGCACCGUGAGUAUGGUAGCACUUCGUCCAUUGACAAACACGGUGUGUCUGGAGAAAGUUUCUUUGACAUGCUAAAGGGAUACCAGUCCUCCGAGGCCCCCGAUCAGCGAAGCCCAGCCCCCGAGAGGCUAACUGAACUUCUGACUGUGGCCCCCAUAAAACAGGCUGCACUUGACCUGCCAGACGGUCCAGCCAGAGGUAGUCCUGCCAGUCGGCUGAAGGAACGAGAGAAGCACUUAAAGAGGAGGUCUAAGUCCGAGACAGGUGGAGAGUCUAUAUUCCGUAAGCUGCGUAGUGUGAAGGUGGAGGGUGACACAUCAAGGGCUGGCUCCGAUGCUGAAGAUGGGGGGAAGGCAGACGAAAGUGGCCCACCCCCAAAACCCUGGGUGUGCCAAAAAGGCUUUGCCCAUUUUGACAUUCAGUCUCUACUCUUUGACCUCAAUGAGGCAAUCCAAAGUCGGCAGUCUGGGGCCAAGCGCAAGAACACCACGACCGGUGCUUCGGCUGCCGCCGCCGCCUCUGCUUCCGCCACGUCCUCCCUCUCCUCCAAUCAAAGCGGUGCAUACGGUUCACCCUGUGGCUCACAGGAGGAGCUGAGCAAGGAGGGGGCAGGACACGGUACCAACCCUGCCUUAGACCCCGGUGACGACAAGAGCAACGACCUUGUGCUGAGCUGUCCUUGUUUCAGAAAUGAGAUUGGUGGAGAGGGCGAGAGGAACAUCACUCCAGUUAAACCGCAGGGCAGCAUAGGCAGUGGUGGAAGCUCAAGCAGUUCGUCUGGCAGUACAGAAGAAGGACCUCUGGAUGCCAUCCUCAAUACUCAUUUUACCAAUGCUGGGGUGGCCGUGCUGGAAGCUCCCAAGGACGGGCCAAGUCAGCAUGCCGACCGGUCCAAACGAUACAUUGUGGAACACGUUGACCUCGGCGCCUAUUACUACAGGAAAUACUUCUACCUCAGAGAACACUGGAACUAUCUGGGUGUAGAUGAGAACCUGGGUCCAGUGGCAGUGAGUCUCAGGAGGGAGAAGCUGGAAGAACACAAAGAGCACGGCCAACAGUACAACUACAGGGUCAUCUUCAGAACGAGUGAGCUUAAUACUCUGAGAGGCUCCAUCCUGGAAGAUGUGGUACCUUCCACGUCCAAGCACGGCCUGGCUCGGGGCCUGCCCCUCAAAGAGGUGCUGGAGUACCUGGUGCCCGAGCUAAACGUCCACUGCCUGCGGCUGGCACUCAACACGCCGAAGGUCACGGAGCAGCUGAUGAAGCUGGACGAGCAGGGGCUAAGUUUCCAGCGGAAGGUGGGGGUGAUGUACUGCAUGGCGGGCCAGAGCAGCGAGGAGGAGAUGUACAACAACGAGUCCGCUGGUCCCGCACUGGAGGAGUUCCUCCAUCUGCUGGGGGAGAGGGUCAGGCUCAAAGGCUUCACCAAAUACCGAGCUCAGCUGGACACCAAGACUGACUCGACAGGCACACACUCCCUGUACACCACUUACAAGGACUAUGAGAUCAUGUUCCAUGUGUCGACCAUGCUGCCCUACACUCCCAACAACAAACAACAGUUACUGCGGAAACGCCACAUUGGGAACGACAUCGUCACGAUUGUGUUCCAAGAGCCCGGCGCUCUUCCCUUCACGCCCAAAAACAUCCGCUCCCAUUUCCAGCACGUCUUUGUGAUCGUGCGAGUCCACAAUCCCUGUUCGGACAACAGCUCCUACAGUGUGGCGGUCACUCGUUCCAAAGACGUGCCGUCCUUCGGCCCCCCGAUCCCAGAAGGCGUCACCUUCCCCAAGUCCUCCGUGUUCCGGGACUUCCUGCUCGCCAAGGUCAUAAAUGCAGAAAACGCCGCUCACAAGUCGCACAAGUUCCGCGCCAUGGCCACGCGGACACGCCAGGAGUACCUGCGCGACCUGGCCGAGCGCCACACCACCAGCACGCCCAUCGAUCCUUCCGGAAAGUUCCCCUUCAUCUCGCUGGCUCACAAGAAAAAGGAGAAGAGUCGGCCGUACGCGGGCGCCGAACUGCGCAGCCCCGGGGCGGUGACCUGGAUGGUCCACGCCGAGGAUCAUGGGAGCGGGGGAGAACUGGAGGCUCUUCUGGCCUUCUCCAAUGACUUUCUCAUCCUGUUGGACCAAGACGCCAAGGCUGUGGUGUUCAACUGCGCCACGAAGGACGUGAUCGGCUGGAUGCUGAGCAGCCCGGCGUCUUUGCGGAUUUUCUACGAGCGCGGGGAGAGUCUGUCCCUGAGGAGCGUCAGCAAUAACACGGAGGAUUUUAAAGAAGUGAUCAAACGUCUGGAGCUGCUGACCAAAGGCUGUGAAACAUCGGAGAUGACGCUUCGCAGAAAUGGCCUCGGGCAGCUCGGCUUCCACGUGAACUAUGAAGGCAUCGUGGCUGAGGUGGAGCCGUACGGCUACGCCUGGCAGGCGGGACUGAGGCAGGGGAGCCGAUUGGUCGAAAUCUGCAAAGUCGCCGUGGCAACGCUGACCCACGAGCAGAUGAUCGACCUUCUGCGAACGUCGGUGACAGUGCGCGUCGUUAUCAUCCCGCCACACGACGACGCCACUCCGCGCAGAGGCUGCUCGGAGCUCUAUCGCAUGCCCAUGUCCGAGUACAAGAGCAGCAGCAGCGACAGCGGCUCCUUCGAGUACAAGUUCCCCUUCCGUAGCAACAACAACAAGUGGCAGAGGACGUCCAGCAGCCCGCAGCAGUCGCUGACCGCCUCGCCGCAGCCGCACACGCCCAACCGCGCCAUCAGCCUGGGCAGCUCUGUGGGGAAGACGCUGUCCGCCGAGAGGCUGGAGAGGGGAGCGGUCAUCCCGCGCAGUGUCAGCAGUGACGGACGACCCCUAGACCCCAAAAGGAUGUCUCCAGGCACCGAAAGCUAUAGCCUGGUCUCCUCCCUGGCACUGGGACGCUCUCCGCACAAUCGGAGCUCUCCGAGCAACUUGUCUUGUUCCAGUGACGCCUCCGGAAGCUCUGCUCACUGGAGACAGAAGUCCAUGCCUGAACAGUUUGCUGGUCCCCGUCAUUCUCCCAUGUCGACGGAGAGGAGAGAGGAGGGCGGCUCCAGCGGAAAGUCCACUCCCAACUGGUCAAGAAUGGAGGAAGGUGGAGGUGGAGGAGGAGGAGGAGAACGGGGAUCGACCGAGACUCCGGUUUCCAAGUCUGGUCAAGGUUACUCUGGAGCUCCUCGCAUCCAGAGGCAAGAGCAGGUCAUCCACAUUUCCCCGAAGAAGGGAAGCCAGUCGGACGGCCCUUACUCCGGCCACUCCAGCAGUAACACUCUGUCCAGCACGGCCUCGAGCGGCGCACACAGUGACAGUGACAAAUGGUAUGAGAUGGGAGCGGGCGGAGGCUCCACUGGCGACCCGGGCGACCCCGAGCCCAACGGCCUGGGCGGAGGAGGCUAUCUGCAGGGGGCGUCCGCCGACAGCGGCAUCGACACCAGCUCGUACGGCGCCUCGCACCACUCCCACCCGCACUCUCACCACGGCAGCACCACCUCCCUGCUGGCGCCCAGCGGGAGCAGGGAGAGCAGGGAGAGGUCAGCCUCUCCGUGGCACAGCCCCACCGAGGGAGGCCGCAGGAUGCUGGAGAGGUCGCCCGCCGCUGCCGAGUCCCCUGGCCCUCCAGGAGAGCGGAGCCUGGAAGGCACCGGCCGCAGCCCACCGACUCAUCUCCUCAUCAGAGAUAGCAGCACUUUCAGUCUGAGUGAUGCCGGAUCACACUCGAGUGCCAGGCACUCACCUCACAGCUCCCCCAGAGAGGAGUCCUCGUCCUCGGCCACCUCCCCGUCGUCCCAGUCCUCGGUGUCUCCCGGGCCCAAGAGCUUCUACCCGCGUCAGGGAGCUCAGUCCAAGUACCUGAUUGGCUGGAGGAAGCCCGGCUCCACCAUCAAUUCUGUCGACUUCGGCGACACGCGCAAGAAGUCUCCAGGCGAGGGUGGACUGGACGUGAUUCCGACCCCUGCAGCCAGACCCUCUCUGCGGGAUAUGCACUCGCCCCAGCCUCAUGCUAAAUCUAUUAUGGAGGAAGAUGUGAAGAGGCACGCCGCUCCAGACAGCCCCCCACCGCCACGCAGACACAAGGACAAGCAUCAUGUCCAGAAGUCACCACCGAGCCAGCCUCUCAGUCGCCGCCGCUCCCUCCAUCGCACGCUGUCGGACGAGAGCAUCUACCGCGGGCAACGCCUCCCGUCAACCGACAACGUGAUGGAGCAGGCGCUCGGUUCCGACGUUCUCUUCAGCUGCUCCACCCUCCCGCGCUCGCCCACCACCCGCGGCGUUCCUCUCCGACGACCCUCGUACAAGCUCGGCGUCAAGCUUCACGGUGACCUUUCAGCGUCCGACACGUCACUGGUGGAUCUGGUGGAGCGUCACCGUGGACCCCUCCCACAGGAGCUGAUGCCCCUCCCAUCCGGAGACAGGGACAGCCCCUUGGAGUGGACACACCUGGUGGACGUGGCCAGCACCUUCGAGAGUGAACGAAACACACACUACGUCCAGAGGAGUUAUGUGUUUGGGGAUUCAAACCACCGGAGCAGCGGCGCGUCCAGCCCGCAGCAGCCUCACAUAGAGCUGCAGCCUGCUCCACUGUCUCGACCCUCAUCCAGUGAGGGCCACAUAGGGCUGGAGAGGAAGGUGACUAAACUGGAGGCCAUCGUGAAGAUGCUCCAGGAAGACUUGAAGAAGGAGCGUGAGGAAAAGGUGCGUCUUCAGGCUCAGAUCAAGAGGCUGUGGGAGGACAACCAGCGGCUGCAGGAGGAGUCCCAGACGUCUGCCGCCAAACUCAAGAAGUUCACAGAGUGGGUCUUCAACACCAUCGACAUGAACUGACACACUCUCCACUUAUCUCUCACACACACACACACACACACACACGCGCGCGACUUCUCACAUCAACGCACACACACACAGCCUGGACGGAGACGCGGAGGUGGUCAACGCUAUUAGCUUCAUUUAGCUUGAUGCUAAAAAAUCUCCCGCCUCCACUUCUGUUUUUAUAGCCAACCCAGUCUCAGUUUCCAGCCGUCGACUCUGUUUAUCUUCUCAGGAUGAGGCCCGAGUUUAUGAAGGACUGACCUCUGUCCUCCUGUGGGACCACGAGAGCGUUGCUGAAUUGACCUUUUUCUCUCAUCUCCGCUGUGCCAAAUGUGAUUUUUCCUUUUUUUUUGUGUGUGUGCGUGUGUGUGUGUGCGCAAAAUUACAAAUGAAAAAAAGCCCUUCUCCUCCUCCUCCUCAAUUUUGCCUCUUCCAGUUGACAUGAUUCUCAUUUUAAGGCGACCUUGCUCUGAACGGUGACUCGCGUGUGUUUGUGUCCAAAUCAAAGUAAACCAGAGGCAGCCGAGGGAAGCUGAGGUUUGCAGGUGACGGCAGUUGGAGGAAGUUCCCCCUGAAAAAAGCCACGCAGAGUCAAGACAGGUACGCAAAAAAACACACAGAUACACCGUUAAUCUGACGCCACACGAGAGCAUUAAAUUGUCCUCGCGUGUACAAAAAAAAAAAGAGGAGUUACGAGGUUCCUGUGUUCAAACCUCUGAACCUGCGUCCACAUCCUGGAGAAGAAAAAUCUGGAUUUUUGUACAGAUUUCCAUCGCCCUCUCUCCUCCGUGUGAGUCAGAACUGGAUUACAACGUUCCGUCUGUCUCCGCUGCACAAACCCGAACCACCUGACAGAGAACGUGUUUUUAAAAAGCCAUCAGAAGUGGUGCCAUAAACAAAGAAAAAAAAAACAUGACUGAUAACAAUGAGUGCUUUUGCUCCAUCGCAGCUGUUUGUGUCUUUAAAGCAAUAGGAAGAAGAAGAAGAAGAAGAAGAAGUCAGGACUUUCUCUUUCUCUCUCUCCGAUUUCUUGGAAGGAGCCAAUGGAGGCGUUUUUGAAGGUCAAACUCGUGAGUUCGGGAGUCUCUCGCUGCACAAGAACCUCCGUCUUUCUUCCUGGACGUCAUGUUUUUGGGGAGAAAAAGAAAAAGGAGAGGAAGAUGGACGCCAAUAAUCAUUCCACUGACUGGAAUACAAGAGAGCCAGAUACUAAAUGAUGAGAGACAUUUUUGGAAAGGAAAAGUUUUUUUUUGGUUAUUUUUUUUUCUCAUUUUGGGUUAAUUUAUUUUUGCUUGUAUUAUAAUUCCAAUAAAUAAAUAAGUUGUUCUUAUUCGUACAGUAACAACUGACAUCAGUGUUUAGUUUCUCCAGAAAAAAAAAAAGGGUCACUAGCUAUAUUAUUAUUAUAUUAUUAUUAUUUAAAUGGGAUUUCUUUUCCUAGUUGCCGGCUACAGCCUGACUAUAAUAUUAUUCUGCUUUUUAAUUCUUCUGUAUUCUGUUGUGUUUUGUGGUGCCCGAGCCUGCUGUUGUGUUGCUUACAGUGCCCUCUAGUGAUGACCAGUGGAAAUGUCAUGAUUCAAUGUGCCGCCCAUUCACUCUGUAUUUCCUCCAACCAACGCCUCGACAGCAGUGAGUCAGUCAGACGUCGAGCAGACACACACACAUACAUACACACACACACACACAUACACACACACACACACACACACUCACACAUACACACACAUACAUACUCACACGCACACACACAGGACAGGAAUCCGAAGCCAGCUUUGAGAGACAAUCACAGGUGGAUUUUUGAUAAAAAAGGGAUCAUAAGUGUGUGUGUGAGUGCUUGAAUUCAAACGUCGGUAGUUUUGCUCAGGUUCUGUCUUUGCUAGAAAUGUGAGGAUGUUUUCAAAAUAAUGGUCAUUUUAGGUACCAGGGAUUAAAGGUCCAGUGUGUAAAUAAUUGAGGUUGUAACAAACGACAGUGGCCUUUGCUUAUAAGAGAGGACAUAAAACACUCUCUCCGAUCAUCUCUGCCGUUUCCUUUUUCCCGUCUGUCGUCAGGUUUAUGCAGGCAGACUCGCAAAGAAAGAAAGAAAGAAAUUAAAAAAGACGCGUCUGCUCUGCAUUUAAAAGAAAAAAGGAAAAAAAGGAUGAAACCAGAAAAACAAUUCUGAUUUUAAAGCAAUUUUCCCACUUAGUUCAGUUCAGAGCCUCAUUUGCAGUUUGGGGAAACAAUUAUACAAUUUACAUAUAUAUUAUAAACAAAGACGCAGGACUACAACGAGACCGAACAAACCGACUUCAAACCAGCCGAUCCUCAUAAGAAAAGUGUGCAAUCAAACCAUGCUUAAAUGUUACACACCGGACCUUUUUUUAAAUGGUUUAUUUAAAAUAAACAGUCAUCAAAGGGAGCCACAGUUUCUCCUGUACCUUCCAGUGUGUGAGUGUAUGUGUGUGUGUGUGUGUGUCGUCCGUAUGUGAAUGUGCAUCAGUGUUAUCCAGUCGUGCCUACAGUACACUCACUUAUUUUUGGUCAUGUUACGCCCAGGCAGAGCAAGAAUGUGCCUUUGAAACAGCAGCUGAGAAACUCGAUUUAAAAAAAACAGCAAACACAAAAAGGGCCCCUUUUAUUCUAAACAAAUAACCCUGGUAAAAAAACCAAACAACAAACAUGUAAACACACACAGCCACAGCAAAGCCUCUGCUUUUUCCUUCUUGUUCAGAUGAAUAUUUUUACUUUGGAACACAAACGCACCACACAGGUGUAUGAAGUGUAUGAUAAGUGUUGUGUGUGUGUGUGUGUGUGGCCAUAAAAGUAUGAACAUUUGCCCCCAAUUCAAAAAAACGACUCCUUUAAACACAGGCCGCAAGUUUCCUCAGCCCAGGUUUCAAAGAAUACACAAGCGUCUUAUUUCAGGUGCAUACGUGCGUUAGUUCACAGUGGUGGUGUCAGCCUUAACUCCCCUCUCUGUCCCCAUCAAAGAAAGCCCUCUUAAAGGUCCAGUGUGUAAUCAAAGUGCAGAUUUUAACAAGCGGAGGACUUCAGGGGACUACGGUGGCCUGCACAUGCCAGGAAAGAUGAGCGAAAUGCAUGAUUGUAAAAACAUGGUGGCACAAGAUGGCAACUUAUUCUAAACCCAAGAGAACCCAAAGAAUCUUACUUUAGUAGAUUAGAUUUCUGCCUAUAAACUGUUACACAUUGGACCUUUUCUUUAAUGCUCUUUGAGUGAAUUAGCAUCCUAAGCUGAUGCAGCUGAAAGCUGGCGUGGCGCCCCCUAUCUGAAUGUAAAGAGAUUAUUAUUAUUAUCAUCAUUAUUAUUAUUAUUAUUAUUAUUAUUAUUAACAAGCCUAAAUAAAUGUGAUGUUUACUAUAGCGUGAGAUUGCACUCUGCAGUUUCGCAGGCAGACGUGUGAGUGUGGACUCCUCCAUCAAAGGGAUUUGUAGGUUUUGGUUCUGUUUUAAGAAUCGCUUCUUAAGUCGUGGACGGUGGACGGCGGUGUGUUUUUGCUCAGUGACAUGAGUCAGUUGUUCUUACAGAGUUUGGCCAGUUGUGAAAUAUCAGUGUGACCCUCAUCCACGAAUGUAAAAACCUUCAACCCCCCCCCGUCCAUGAGGUGGUGUUUGCCCCGAGCGCACUGGUUUCCUGUCCCGAGCUCCGCCCAUGCUUAAAUGAUGACUAUUAGAUGAUGUUUUAGUAUUUUAAUGUACAUUAAAAGUGCUCUAGUUUUGUUUUUGUUUUGUUUCUUUUGUAUUUCACAUGGAGUAUGGCCAAAUUACAAACUGUACAGUGCAGGUAUUUAAAGGUGAUAUAUGUAGAACAGCGACGUUUAGCAUUGGAAGUGUUAACUGCAAUCCCAGUUCCCGGUUGCCAGUCUUGACAGUGAAGAUGCUGUGUUUCCAUCAUGGUACAGUUCAGUUUAGAACAGUUUAGAACGAUAUAACCCUUGCGUUUCCAAUGAGAACCGUACAUUUACUUGUUCGCCGAGUGUCGUACCAGGGCGACAACAACCAACAACGCAACACAAGACGUCGAGCUUUGCAUUAGAAAAGACUGCGGGUGUUUAAGAAACACGGUUUUCUGUCGCCCAAUCAGCUGUCUGUCAUGGGUCUAGCUCCGCCCAUACCAAGGGUGCCAAAAAAUGGGACUCUCGAGCCAGUUAUUGGCUGUAUCACCAUCGCUUUUUUUUAUAAACUUAGAACGUAUUUCGUUAAGGUUCGCGUGUCGGCAACAGGCGCAGAUUGUAAGAGAAAGUGUCUCUGUUUUAGAGCAGAAGCGGAGAACUAUCACACGAUGAAAGUAGUAAAAAAAACAUUAUAAAUGUUAAUUAUCCGCUAACUGGGUGAAAGAUAGUAGGUCUUUACCUCAUCACAGCUCAUCAUCAACUUCCUCUAGACUUUCACCGCCUGUAUUUGAACGCAUCACCAUGAACCCUUGUUUUUCUUCUAUUCUGGUUAAGAUGUUUUUGAGAGGGGUCGUGGGGCUUUUUAAGUUUCUGCAUUAUCGGGUGGCUGCAAGCGGGUGGCGCAAGAAACCAAAUCUCCAAAACCAAAACUAUGAACCCAGUUGGCGUUCUGCAAUCAGUGAAGCCAGUAUAUUCAGUCUCAACACGUUUCUUUAUUCUCUCGUAACACAUCAUGGUCUCUUUUACGUCUAAAUAUAAUGUGUCUUACAUAUACCACCUUUAAAAGUUAGAUAUACAGAUAUGAGACGUUUUCCUUGUGUCAUGAAUGAUCUGGUUUUUUUUUCUUUUUGCCCUUUUUAAGAAGGAUCUGAUAUGGUAAAUGUGAAUGUUCCAUUUUGUGAUGUCGUUAUUUUUUGAGAUGCUUUUGCACAAUGUUUAUAAAGGAUUGUGUUUACAGUUUUUUUUUGUGUGGAUGUAAGAAGGGUGAAGUCAAUCCAUUCCUGUGCAAACUUGUCUAGAUGUUGCUCUCUAUUUUUCCAGCCCCCCCGACAGAGAACCAAGCUUGAUUUUUAUUCUCAUAGAAGAUUUUUUUUUUUUUCUCCAGACAUGCAGUCGCUGAUCAGAGCAGAGCAGAGCAGGCUGGACGUUGUGUGUCAGUGGUCAGUGAACGAAGGUUACACAAAAGCUCCGCCGCUGUGUCACCAUCCGUUUUUGUUCAAGCAAACAAACAAAUGUGACCAGAGCUCUGACUGAGAUCCAGAUAAAGCACAACACAAUUUUUUCAAAGAGGACUCAGAGUUUUUGCAGAGUUUCAGAGAAAUAAGAAUAAGAAGAAGAAGUACUGUUUACAUCCCCGGCUCCAUCGUCUUUGUAAAAUGUAAAGGUAUGAAAAACGACAUUUGCAGUGAACGCAGUUAAGUUUCAGAAGUAAAUAAAUAAAUAAAUGCUGUAUUGAUUUUUGUGCC